CGACCCGACCCAGUAACCAGAUCCCAUUCCCUUCUUCUUCAGUUGUUCUUCUCCUCCGAGUUGGAGCACUUAGGCACCCGCCAACACUCAAGAGAAUUGCAGAGAGGCGGUGAAAAAGGAUUGCCAAACCCACCCAAACAAACUGUCCUCAACCCUCAACUCUUCUUUUUCCUUCUUCAAAUUUUCUUCAGUCUCCCUCCCGCGUCCCCUUUGUUCCUCUUCUCCUGCCGCUUCAUUUUCUUCUUCUCCGCUGAUUUAAUCUCAAUCAGGCUCAGGGCUUGCGGUGAUAUCUGAUAACCGCGCCUUUGAGACUUGAGCUGCUCGAGGCCUGCGAUCGCCGACGAGCUUGUGAGAAGGCUUACGGGAGAAGAUAUUCAGUCUCAUAAUUGCAUUUUUCAGUCAGACGAUAUAAGCCUGCCAUAUUGGGUCGCAAACAUUAUACAUCCAAGAAAGAGGGUGACAGUUGGGUGAAAGAUGCUUCAGAUCCGGCUUAAGAGUGUUGCACCCCCAGAGGGUGCUGCAGGGGUAAAACCCUUGCCAGCGGAGACUGUGACAGUUGCAUGCCCUGACCACCUUGUCCUUGCUGAUCUUCCUGUCGCAAAGGGCAUUGGUGCGUCAACCAUUGCUUCAAUUGUCAAGACUGUAGGUCGCAGGUCCCGUCGCCAGCUUGGAGAACGGGUUCACUUUUGUGUUCGCUGUGAUUACCCAAUUGCUAUCUAUGGACGCCUGAGCCCUUGUGAGCAUGCCUUUUGUCUGGAUUGUGCUAGGAGUGACUCGAUCUGCUAUCUUUGUGAUGAACGCAUCCAAAAGAUCCAGACGAUCAAGUUGAUGGAGGGAAUCUUUAUUUGCGCAGCCCCUCACUGUCUGAAAUCUUUCCUGAAGAGGAGUGAAUUUGAAUCUCAUAUCCACGAGAACCAUGCUUACCUUCUUCAGCCAAAUGCGGACAAAAUGGAUGGAAAUGAAUCAGAAGCUCGGAGUAUCAAACAAGGUACAGUAUCGGAAUCCACUGGCCGUGCUCCACCAAGGCCAGUCUUUUCUCCUGGUUCAAAUUCCCAGCUCCAUGACCGUGAGGACAAAGCUCGUCUUCAACAGCCUAGAGAACAGUCGCUUCCAAGGCCAGUCAUGCAGCCCAACCCAGCCCCAGCUUUUGGGCAACUUCAGAAUAACCCAGCAGAUCUCAGUCGUCCCCCAGGCUUUGACAGGCCUAGUCCCCACAAUCUCUUCCAUCAACAAAGCUAUGAUUCAGUGGGUAAUACAAUGCAGGAAUCUGGCCAGUUUUCAGAUAAGCAGCAGACUCCCUUUUCUGAAUACCCACCCAUGCAUUCCAUUCAGGCCCCCAAUUAUGCAGUUCCCAUUAAUUCGAAUCAAGUGCGGAUGCCCUCCCUUCCAUUUGCCUAUCCUUUUCCCGUUGAUGGAUCUCAACCAUUUUAUAAUGCUCCCUAUGAGAUUGCACGGCAGGAUUCAGCACCAGAUGUUGGACAAGAACAGGGGUCGUUAUUGGGUUUUCCCCCUGGUUCAGCGGGGAACAUGAAUUUUGCUGCUAGUUAUCCACAGUCUUGGAAUGCAGGGCAGGCUGGUGUUCCUUUUGAAGCUGCACAAGGGGGUCAAGGAACUGCAGAUGGUUUCUCUAACUCCUCAGAGUCUCAAGGACAAGUUGCAUUUUAUCAAGGAGAAUACGGACGGAAUCCAGGGGGUAUGCCUUUCAAUCCUCAGCAUAUGACCAACAAAGCAAUGGAAGCAGUGCAGGGUGGAAAUUCUAUGGAUCCAAGAGAUGGCAAAGGUAUAUUAGCAUCACAGCCCAUGCCCCUUCCUCCGCCACCUCCACCCCCACCUCACAUGUCACAGCUCAAUCGUCAGUUUUAUCAAGGUGAUACCGGUCGAGAUGGACAGGGGUAGGACUGGCAACAUGAGAACCCCGUGAUGACUAUGGUGGUGGCCAAGUCUAGAAAACAUUUCAUCUUUUUAAUUUCCCCCCUUUUUUUCCCCUGUGGAACUCGUUACUGUUAUUAUUUGGUCCAAAGCUCUCUGAGUAUUUGUUUCCCUCCCUGGAUCAGGUUUUGCUUUAUAGAUAAUUGUCAAUAUCACUCCCAGAAAUCAGAAUGAUAUCCGGCUGAUUUUAUCAAGUUACA